UCAUGACCAUGUCAGGGAACCACGAUUGUUAGUGUUGAUAUGAGAGCACUGUGUUGGGAUUUCUCCAUCUGGAUAGUCCUGCGUCGAUACGGGUCCAUAUCCGUUUCGAACCCUUAAGGAUAAAUACUCGUGUCUUGUGAUGGAGUGAGACACAUUCAGUUUUACCGUUUGGAUAAUCGGUCCCCUUAGCCAUACGUGAAUUGUCUGUCUUCAUCACUGGGCUGCUAUGGCUGAGGAGAGAAACUCAUUGCUGCUGCCGCCGCCCCAGACGCUACCUCCGCAAGGAAACGACUCUAUGGGGACUGUAGCCGUUCUACCAACAGCCGCCGAUAUUCAGUCGGCGAUCGCCUCUACAGUGCCUCGUUCUAUUUAUUUUAAUGGCUCAAAUUCUAUCCCUUUACUUGAUGAUUCUAAUUAUGCUGAAUGGAAAGAAAAUGUUGUGUUUACAUUAGGGUAUAUGGAUCUAGAUAUGGCUUUGAGGCGACCUGAGCCACCUCCUCUUACACCACAAAGUACACGUAAUCAAACAGUGUACUUUGACAAGUGUGAGCGUUCUAACCGACUAAGCAUGUUGCUUUUGCAAUCAGGAGUCGAUAAGAACAUACGUGGUGCUAUCCCACCUUGUAGAACGGUGAGAGAGUUCUUGGAUGCAGUUGAGGCUCAAUUUGUCAGCUCUCAUAAAACUAGAGCCAGUACCCUAAUGUCAAAGUUAAUAUCUAUGAAAUAUCAAGGAGGGGGUAACAUUCGCCAGCAUAUGUUAGAAAUGAGGAACAUUGCUUCUCAAUUAAAUGACAUGAAGUUGACUAUUUCUGAAUCUUUCUUGAUAUUCUUUACUUUGACCUCUUUACCAGCUGAAUACACUCCUUUUAAAAUCAGUUACAGCACACAUAAUACUGAAUAGACAUUCAAUGAAUUGAUGUCUAAGUAUGUUGAAGAGGAGAAAAGAAUAAAGGGUGAGAAGUUGCAAAGCGCACAUAUGGUUUCUCACUUUAGAGCUGGUAAAGUUGGCAUAAAGAAAAGUUUAAUGAAAAGGAGUGCCAAGAAGAAGUCAACAGGUCAAACUGCUUCUCAAACUGCGCAGACUAAUUUAGCCCCUAUAAAGUGUUUCUUUUGCAAGUAAAAGGGGCAUAAGAAGUCAGACUGCAUCAAGUACAAAAAUUGGUUAGAGAAGAAAGGUAAUAUGUCAGUUGUUUUACUUGGAAGUAAUAUGUUACAUGUUCCUAUCAAUAGCUGGUGGAUUGACUCAAGUGCUACUGUGCAUAUUGUCAAUUCUUUACAGGACUUUCUGAGCAAAAAGGAACCAACACUACAUGACAUAAGUAUUUUCUCAGGAAACAAAAUGCGCUCACAUGUGAAGGCUGUAGGAGAAUGCCAUAUUAGGCUUCAUACUGGCUUUGUUUUGGAUCUUCAUGAUGUUUUCU